GAUCACUCACUCUAGCACGCAAUUUCUUGGCUGGGUCCUAAAUGGUUUAAUCAGAUAGUGCACGUUGAGUGUUUCUUGGUGUUUAUAGGGAGUGGCCUAAAUGUUACUUGCUAGGUAGUGCGCGAGAUUAGGGAGGACGGUUUUAUUUGGGACACAGCCACUUAUUUACCUGCCUCCUACCUGUUGAAGGUGCGAAGCGGCGCUUUAGACGCAGGAGCCAUGGCUGUUUCGGUGUUUUCGGUUCUGUCGCGGUUUUUGACGGAAUACUCAAGUAGCACUUCUCUGAAACUCAAAGUAAUAGAUGCGUAUUUGCUGUACAUGUUAUUGACAGGAGCUUUUCAGUUCCUGUAUUGCACGCUGGUAGGGACUUUCCCGUUUAACAGCUUUUUGGCCGGCUUCAUUUCCUGUGUUGGGUCGUUUAUUCUUGCAGUGUGCCUGCGCAUCCAGGUCAAUCCACAAAACAAAGGACACUUCGUUUAUGUGUCACCAGAAAGAGCUUUUGCUGACUUCCUGUUUGCACACACCAUCCUCCAUCUCGUGGUGGUUAAUUAUAUUGGAUGAAUGAAGCUCAGCAUUUCAGCUGGUGCUUCUUCUGGCAGGUGUGGAGGUGACCAAUUCUUUUCUAUGGACUACAGCACUUGCUAUGAAAAUGCACACUUGAAUAUGUUUAAUAUUGUUGUUUUUACUGCCUUAUGCUUGUGCAUCUCAGGAAUGAAGUUUUUUACCUUUUGAAAAGCUGUUAUAUUGGCAAAACAAGGAAUAAAAUUUUAUAAAAUCUA